CACCUCAUAGCUUUCCACACUUUCAGUGUUAACAGGCUCCCAGCACUGUGGACAGAAUGGACAUUGCUCAAGGAGGUAAAGCAUACGGUCUUCUCAAGUCUCAACAGGAAGAAACACUGGACUCUAUCAAUGAGGCUUUUCUCUCAGACCCCAAGUAUGCAGAGGAGGAAGACAUAAGUUCAAAGCUUGAAAUGUUUAAAAAGAAAUACAUGGAGUUUGAUCUUAACGACAAAGGAGAAAUAGAUUUAAUGGGGUUAAAACGAAUGCUGGAAAAACUCGGAUUGGCCAAGACUCACUUAGAGCUGAAAAAGAUGAUGGCAGAGGUGGUUGGAGGCCCUUCGAAAGACACUAUCAGCUACCAUGACUUCCUGAAUAUGAUGCUGGGGGGGAAAAAUGCAAUUCUUAAACUGAUCUUGAUGUUUGAAGGCAUGGGAAAGGAGCAGGAGCCCAAAGAUGUUGCGCCACCUUGUCGCAAAACCUUUUCAGACUUGCCUUGAAUAGCUGUUUGUUGCAGCAGGGAUUACUUUUUUUUUCCUUUUCUUUUAUUUGAUUUUAAUACAAACCAUAUCUUUAAAAUGUCAAUAAAAAAAUAAACAUCAAUGAAAAA